AUGGUGGUGAAUCCGGCGGAUGUGAUGACGAAGAUUGCGAGGGAGCCGAGGUUACAGCUCGCCUACCUGAAGAAGCUAUUCGAACGGAAUGAAGGUGAUGAGUACGCCGAUCAAAUGGUUUCGUUACUCGCUGAAUAUGAUCGCCCUCAAUUGUUGCCUUUUUUACGCAAAUCUAAGCACUACCACACGAAUCGAGCGCUCGAGAUCUGUAGCCACCGGAAAUAUGACGAUGAGCGAGUCUUCCUCUUGGUGAAAAGCGGCAAUCGGCGAGAGGCGCUGAACGUGAUGGUGCAACAGCAGAAUCGUUUGGAUAAAGCAAUCGACCUCUGUCGGGAGCAUGAGGAUGACGAAUUGUGGUCACUGUUGGUGAACGAGGUGGUUUCAAGUCGAUCUCCAGCCAAUAUUUCUCAACUUUUGGCCACUGCUGGUACUUCAAUCGACCCUUUGGGCAUCAUCGAAAAAAUCCCAGAAGACCUGGAAAUCCCCGGUUUGCGGGAUCUUCUCGUGAAGAUUUUAAGAGACUACGAGACUCAGGUGAUGCUACAAUGGUGUUGCCACUCGGCCACAUUGGAUGAUGUUCGCGGGAUGUCAGAUCUCUUCUACAAACAAGCCAACCGUGCCACCCAUUACGGACAAAGGAGCGUUUGCGCGAUUUGUCGAAGCAAACUAUUUCUGGAAGAGAAGAGGGAAGAGUUGCAGCUAUUCGGGUGUGGACACGCCGUGCAUUCACGGUGUUUUGAAGAGAAAACCCGUCGGGAUUCCCAUUUGGGCACGAUUCCCUCAAAGGAUUGUCCCGUUUGCGCGGAAGAGGAUGGGAUGAAU